AAUAAGCCCAAUAAACUAGGCACACGUAAUGAUGGUAGGUGACGUGGCCGUAGGCCCAUCCCGUCUUCUACCUCAAGCUUUAGCUCGAGAAAGAAGCUGUUGGCUUUCCGCUAUGGCUUCAAAGCUGAUUCCGCCGCGACGGCUCUCGAGGAGGCUUCUCAGACUUCCAUCUUCUCCUUUUUCUUCUUUCACCGCGUCCAGGGUGCUUCCAUAUAUUCUAGAAGCAAAGAAAUCUCCUCAUCUUUCCUCGAACAGCCACGACGGACCUCGUCGUUGGAUAGCUUCCAGAAGCUUCUGUUCGAGCCCUUUGAAUCUCGAUGACGAUACUAAUAUUCCCGCCGCCAUCGAUUACCAUUCUGUACUACAGGAGGAUGAAUUUCACAGGCUAGCUGAUUCUACAAUACAAGACCUCCAAGAGAAAUUUGAGGAAUAUGGGGAUUCUGUUCAAGUCGACGACUUUGACAUAGACUAUGGGAAUGAGGUGCUGACCUUAAAACUCGGGGAUUGUGGUACCUAUGUUUUGAACAAACAAACACCAAACAGACAAAUUUGGUUGUCUUCCCCGGUGAGUGGUCCUCAGAGAUUUGACUGGGAUCGGAGUGCUCAAGCGUGGGUUUAUAGGAGGACCAAAGCUCGUUUAUUGAAAAUUCUAGAGAGUGAGUUGGAGGAACUGUGUGGUGAACCCAUCAGCCUUUCAUAAACUGCCUCAAAAGUUUGGUAAUAUAAUUUCACUUGGAAAUUAAACCGCCCCAAAAGUUAGGUAAUAUUGUCUGAAAAUUUGUUUUUGUGUAAAUAAAAUACAAGAUUUCGAGCAUUUCAACAAGCAACAUGCUUAAGAGGCAGGCAAGAACUUCAUUUCAUUCCUCCAAUUUUCUUUCAAUGCAAUUAUCUUUUAAUUUCC